GAGAACGAUCAUACUCACAUUGAGAUCUCAUUGUUACUCCGGGAGGUCCGGAUCCCACUCCGACAUCUGGUGGCAGAGGAUGGUUUCUCCCUGCGCCUGAAGCUCCGAGGCUGCGCAGUAUGGACGCUGAAGCUGCGGCCACGUUACUCGCUGGGUUCCCUCUCUAAGAGAGGGAUAGAGACACCAGCGAAACAUUUACACCAGCUUAUUAAGCUAGGACGACGGUGGGGGUUUUUCAAUGAAACGCCCUUAUUGUUCUCAAUUGAGGAAUGGAGACACUUUGGGAGUACUAUGUGGCAAAAAACCAUUGAGGGGAAUGAAAAGGAAGAAAAAGAGAUUAAGACGGUUCGUAGUCUUUGGAAUACUGUGCUAGAAACAUUAAGAGCCUUAAAGGCGGAGCGAGAGGUGGCCUGUGCCACUGCCACUAUGCUGGGACCAGGCGCAACAGCGAAAAAGCCGUUAAACUCGUUGGGACCGCUCGCGCAUUUUUUUGGUGUGAAUGCUGUUAGAGGGAUGAAAGGAACUGUGUGCAAGGAUAUUAAUGAAUUACAAGAAAAGACGCAUAAUAAUGCUUUGAAGGAGAUACACACUUCUACUGCUGACUCACCGCUGAGCGUACAAAAGGCGGAACUGACUGAGAGCAGUAACAACCAGAGUUCUGGAGAAAGUGCGGAAGUAAACACGGUAGACUACCCAGAAAGAGAAGGUGCCCGGCCGAAAGUUAACGCCUCCAGGGAGAGUGGAGGAUCGUGUCGACCACAGCCAACUGCCCCGCCCCUAGAAACAGCUGUUGCGCCGCAAAUACCACCCUCCACGACGCUGUACCCACCGUUGCCGUCCUCUAACGGGUCGUCAGGAUGUACUACGCUGGAGCACUUACAGAAUUCAACGCAGCCUCAUUCAGGAUUAUUGCAAGAAGUCAUGCGGCAGCUGACAGAGCUAGAAAUGCACCAAAAAGAAGCAAAUAGUCUUCCACCGUGCCUACAAAACCCCUCGAAUACUUACAAGCCCCCACGAUGUAGUGGCAUAAUAAAAGAUGCAAUAAUCGAAGGGCAAUGGAACAGCAAAAAUGAUCCUUCCAACUUUGCUGUUCCCGUUAUACAAAGGGACGGAAAUGGAAUUUGGGAACCUCAUGACUGGAAGAUUUUGCAGCAAACCCGAAAUACAGUAACUACUUAUGGUGUGAAAUCAGAGGCAACACGCCAAAUUGUAAGAUGGAUGUUUACUGCAGACCUUAUGGCUCCACACGACAGUCAAAACCUAAUGCGACUGCUACUCACACCCACGCAAUUUCUGUUAUGGACAGCUUCGUGGCGACAGCGAGCUGCUAAUGUUGCGGCUCAGAGGCAAGGAGAUGGAGAUCCUCUCCGUGGAGUUACGGCUGAUAUGCUAAACAGGCAAGGACCGGACCGUAUAGUAGUAUCCAAGUGCAGCUUGGGCUUCGACCUGGAAACCGGAUUAGAUGCCACCUUAAUAGACACUAGGAUUCAGAAGAUUCCCAGUACCGCUGUAGGACCUCUUUAUAACAAGAAAGGCGGGAUUGGCGGAUUACUACUUGGACGAUCUUCUGCCGGAGUAAAAGGACUUCUCAUUUUACCAGGAGUUAUUGACACCGACUAUACGGGUCGCAUCUAUAUCAUGGUUCAUACUGUCAGCCCACCUAUGCAUAUUCCUAAAGGAAGCAGAAUAGCCCAGAUCGUUCACUUGCAAAACCCCUUGGGGCCCUUGACACGAACAGCAAAGUACCGAGGAGACCAAGGUUUCGGAUCAUCUGGAGCAACUGUUUGUUUCUCAGUAAAGAUGGAACAACGGCUUAUGAUGAGAAUAACGAUGUCACAGCAAGGAAAGGCACGGAGCAUCAAUGCCAUGUUAGAUACAGGAGCAGAUGUCACCAUUAUCAGCCAGAAAGUAUGGCCACAGAUGUGGCAAACAGAAGUACCACUCUCAGGGAUUGUGGGAGAAAGGGGUCAUUCUACACCCAAUGUCAACGUGGAACCAGUCCAGUUGCAAUUUCCUGAGGGACAGCAAAUUAGUCUUAGAGUAUAUGUGAUGGCCCUACCCGGGACCCUCGAGGCACUAAUCAUGGGCGCUGGAGAGCAGUCGCCUAACCCACGCCUAACCUGGACUACCAACGAACCUGUGCAACCAUGGGUUGACCAGUGGCCCAUGACAUCAGAGCGACUGCAAAUAGUUUGUCAGCUAGUAGAACGGCUUAAGGCCGGACAUAUAAAACCUUCAGUUAGUCCAUGGAACACCCCUAUCUUUGUUAUUCCAAAAAAGAGCGGCAAAUGGAGACUUUUGCAUGAUCUACAAGUCAACGAUCAAAUGCAACCCAUGGGAGCUCUACAGCCUGGUAUGCCAUCUCCUUGUAUGCUGCCGGAAAAGUGGCACUUAUUGAUCAUUGACUUUAAGGAUUGUUUUUUCACAAUCCCGCUACAUCCUCUAGACACAGAACGUUUCGCCUUUUCGGUGCCGUCAACGAACAAAGCCAGCCCAGCAGAACGAUAUGAAUGGGUUGUCUCACCACAAGGCAUAAAAAACUCACCUACCUUGUGUCAGCUUUACGUUGCUUGGGCCCUUCGGCCAAUACGUCGUCAACGGCUGCAAACCAUUAUCUAUCAUUAUAUGGAUGACAUUCUUUGUUGUCAGAAAGAGCCAUUCUCGGAACAGUCUGCGAAACAACUACAGGAGGUGCUGGCUCAAAAAGGACUUGUGGCUCCUGAAAAGAUUCAGCGCGCGUCCCCUUGGAAAUACCUAGGGUGGACAAUUUCCAAUUCACAAAUUCAACCACAGAAAAUAGACCUUAAUACCCAGUUGACAAAUUUAACGGAUGUACAAACAUUAUUGGGAGACGUUCAGUGGGUUCGGAACUUUGUAGGUAUCAACAACGAAGACAGUGCACCCUUGACAACACUCCUGAGAGGCACAAAUCCUGCAGAACAAGUGACUUUACAGCAAGAACACCAUCAAGCACUACAACGCAUUGUGAACAAGUUGCAAUCAGCGUGGUCUUCGCGACGUCUUGCCCACUUACCCGUAUCCUUACUUGUACGCAAUAAUAGUGUAUCACCAUUUGCUGUCAUUUGUCAGUGGCUAAAGAAAAAGGGGGAAGUUUCCCCUGUCAAAUGUGCCCCUAAUAAAUGUGACCGCAGAGACGAGUUUCAAAUCUUAGAAUGGGUAUUUUUAAGUGUACAACCAAAAACCAGUGUACAGACGCGGACGGAGGCAAUAGGGGAACUAAUAAAAAGGGGGAGGGCACGAGUUGUAGACAUUGCCGGUGAAGAGCCGCACGAUAUUAGUCUACCAAUUAAUGCUGUAGAACUGGAAUGGUGGCUCCGUAACGCCACAGGAAUACAGGAAGCGUUACUGGGAUAUGGAGGACAGGUACAUUCACAGCAACCAAAAGGCAAAAUAUGGCAACUAUUAAGGCACAAUCAGUGGCUGGAAAAACCAAAAGUAUGUCAAUGCCCGAUUGAAAAUGGUGUUACUGUUUUUACGGACGCAGGCAAGCGCCUGCGAUGGGCAGCUUGUGUCUGGAAAAAGGAUAAUCAAUGGGAGCAACAUAUUAUACAGGGAGAACAACAGGAUACUCUCCAAACUCUGGAGUUAACUGCCGGAAUCUGGGCCUUGAGUAACUGGAUAAAUACACCUUUAAAUGUUGUGACUGACUCACUGUAUGUAGCAGGCCGAGUGUCACGAAUGGACAAUGCCUUAUUAAGGCAAACAGCAAAUCCAGGACUGGGGCAAUUAUUCAUCCAUUUACGAUCUGUACUUCAGCAACGAACUCAGGUUUGCUGUGUAUUACAUAUUCACAGUCACCAACUAAACAUAGGGCUGGGGGAAGGCAAUCAUAGGGCAGACAGCUUAGUUAGCCCAGCAUUUCAUUUGCCCCCCAUGGAUAAGUUUCAACAGGCUAGGCAAAGCCACAAAAAUUUUCACCAAAAUGCAAAAGGGUUAAAAAGACAAUUUGAGCUAACAGAAAGUCAGGCAAAAGGCAUAGUACAGGCCUGUCCCCGAUGUGGAAAUCACGGCCCGGGUAUAGGCCUGGGGGUAAAUCCAAAAGGUUUGAAAGCCUUGGAAUUAUGGCAAAUGGAUGUUACUCAUAUUUCUGAAUUUGGUCGUUUGAAAUAUGUACAUGUGACCAUAGACACCUUUUCAAGAAUGAUUUGGGCAACCGUGUUGCCAGGGGAAAAAGCGUACCAUGUAUGUAAACAUUUACUUGCUUGCUUCGCGAUAUUGGGAGUCCCAGAACAGAUUAAAACAGAUAAUGGGCCAGCCUACAUGAGCCAAAAAUUUAAGACUUUCCUAUCGCAAUGGGGAAUCAAUCAUAGUACGGGGAUUCCACACUCUCCCACUGGCCAGGGAAUGGUGGAACGCACCCAUCAAGUUUUAAAAGAUUACUUAAAUCGGCAAAAGGACAAGGAAAAAGAGGUGCAGCAAAGGUUACACCGUGUCCUCUUUACGCUAAAUUUUCUCUGUCUCAUGGGAGAUAAGGAAGAACCACCAGUAGUAAUACAUCACCAAAACUUGAAAUUUAAUUAUAAAACAGCUAUUCUACAAAUGAUGGUACACUAUAGGGAUCCAACAUCAGGUAUCUGGAAAGGACCUGUGCCUGUCAUUUAUAAUGGCUGA